CUACCUCGCAGCUUCCCAAAAACCGACAGUCGCCGAUGGAGACGAGUACGCGCCGCCACCGCUCCAGGUCCCGGUCCCAAUCCGAGCCGCGAUCCAGGUCCAGGUCGCGCAGCGCAUCUGUUGGCCGCCGGCGCCGGUCCCGACGCAGCCGUAGCCGCAGUGGCAGCCGCAGCGACAGCCGUGAAAACCGCCAUGGGAACGUGUCACCGUCGCCCGACCGGAGGCGGAAGAAGGAGAAGAAGGAGAAGAAGCGCAAGCACAAGAAGGAAAAGUCCAAGAAACGCCAUCCCGACAGCGCGCCGUCGUCGCCUCGCAUCCGUGACUCGGGCAACGUGUUUGACGCCUUUGCGCGCGCCGACGAGCCGGACGCACCGGCCGCCGCCGCAGUACCAGCACCGGCGUCGACGAAGCGUGAUUUCUUCGCGCAGCUCAAGCACCAAGAGUCUGGCAAGGAGAUGAUUGGCACCGUUCAUGCAUCCGGACGCAAAGUAGAGAGUGCGACGUCGAUCCUCGCGCCUGGCAACGACAACUGGGACUGCGUCAAGCCUGGGUGCAGCAACAGCAACAUGAAGAAGGCACUUUCGUGCAUGAAGUGUGGCGCCAUGCGCCGCAUCUCAGCGUGGCGGUAGGCCGAUGAAGCGCAGUACAGUACACACAGAGGCGCGCUUCUGUGGGCAUUGCCCAACCGUGUACUACUCGUCAUGACCAAGAAGAAUGGAUGGCUAGAUUGCCAGAUCAAUGAAUGGGGUCACUUCUCUCAACCCACAUAUGCACAUACAUAUCUCUUUCGUG